CGGUCAUGGACUUGAGUUUUGCUUGCCUGAGUCAUCGACCAGGACCUUUCUAGCAGAUUCCCCCAGUCAUUCUGCCUUCCUAUUCGGGGAAAAUAGCGCUUGCAUCACGUUAUCCGCCCCCGUGACGACAGGCGCCGUCGCUCUCGUUCGUUGGACUCUCUGACUAAGGCGCUUCGCCUCCGCCUCUUUCUCGCUCUCUGUCCUUUCUUCCCCUCACUACUUAAAGCUCGCCCGUCUGCCACGUUGAUCUUCUCUUUUUCUUCUCUUCCUUCUACCGUUUGUCUUCUUUCUUUCCCACUCUUACCUCUUCCUACCAUCUGUCACUUUGAAUAACCAAAGUAACUGUCAUCAUCUCCAACUACUGCGUAACCGGUUUCUCUUCCUUUCGCCGUCAAUAUGCAGAUCUUCGUUAAGACUCUUACCGGCAAGACUAUCACCCUUGAGGUCGAGUCGAGCGACACCAUCGACAACGUCAAGAGCAAGAUCCAAGACAAGGAGGGAAUCCCACCUGACCAGCAGCGUCUGAUCUUCGCCGGAAAGCAACUCGAGGACGGCCGUACCCUUUCCGACUACAACAUCCAGAAGGAGUCUACCCUUCACCUGGUUCUCCGUCUCCGUGGUGGCAUGCAGAUUUUCGUCAAGACCCUUACUGGAAAGACUAUCACCCUCGAGGUUGAGUCCAGCGACACCAUCGAUAAUGUCAAGUCGAAGAUCCAGGAUAAGGAGGGCAUCCCUCCCGACCAACAGCGUUUGAUCUUCGCUGGCAAGCAGCUUGAGGAUGGCCGUACGCUGUCCGACUACAACAUCCAGAAGGAGUCUACCUUGCACUUGGUGCUGCGUCUGCGUGGUGGUAUGCAGAUUUUCGUCAAGACCCUGACCGGAAAGACUAUCACUCUGGAAGUCGAGUCGUCCGACACGAUCGACAACGUCAAGUCAAAGAUCCAAGACAAGGAAGGGAUUCCUCCCGACCAACAGCGUCUCAUUUUCGCCGGAAAGCAGCUUGAGGAUGGUCGCACCCUGUCGGACUACAACAUUCAAAAAGAAUCCACUCUUCACCUUGUCCUUCGUCUCCGUGGUGGUAUGCAGAUCUUCGUCAAGACCCUCACUGGAAAGACAAUCACAUUGGAAGUCGAAAGCUCCGACACAAUCGACAACGUGAAGAGCAAGAUUCAGGACAAGGAGGGCAUCCCACCGGACCAGCAGCGUCUCAUUUUCGCCGGAAAGCAGCUUGAGGACGGUCGCACCCUGUCGGACUACAACAUCCAGAAGGAGAGCACGCUGCACCUGGUCCUGCGUCUCCGUGGUGGAAACUAAAUGAUCGACGACCAUUUGUUCUAGAUUCCCUUUCCUUUGUACUUGUUCUAAUGACUCGUCUUAUGGGUUGAAUGACCUGCAUGGCGUUUGGAUGGCUUUCCUUUAUUACAUGGCUCUUUCUUUUGACACGGCUUAACGGGCAUACCUUUCUCUUCUAUUCGCCAUAGACAUGGUGCUUAUAUAGUUUAUUCUUGGAAUUGAGCCCAGACAUGGGUAAUCUCUUGAC